AUGUGCUCCAAUUCACACCCCAAGAACUUGGACGACCACAGAUGGAUAAUCAACAUCCGGCGAUCCCUCGAGGAGCAAGAACACGUGGAAGACAUCGUCGGCCUAGAAGACUCCGACGAUGAACUCACCGUUCGAAUCUUCAACGUCCCCAAACCCCUCCUGUCCACACAUCCUGACUCCUACACCCCUCAGCAAGUCGCCAUUGGACCUUACCACCACCACCGCCCGGAGUUGCACGAGGCAGCUCGACACAAGCAUUCCUCGGCCAGGAGGCUACAACGACAGCUGCAGCCUCCUGUCAGGUUUGCACACAUUGUCGAACGGCUGAUGAAACUCGGGGCCAGGAUUCGAGACUGCUACCACAAGUACUUGGAUUUCAGUGACGAGACCCUGGCCUGGAUGAUGGCCAUCGACGGCUCCCUCUUGCUAGAGCUCCUUCGUGGACCACCUGAAACCCAGGAAAGGCUCACAACUGAAGAUCAUGAUGUCCAGCAUCACGGCAGAUCGGUAGGAUUGAUGUUGACUGUUGUGAAAUCGGGCCAAAACAGUGGGAUGAUCAGGGACGUUAUGAUGCUCGAGAAUCAGAUUCCGAUGAUCGUGUUACGUAAGAUCCUCGAAGUUCAACACGGGACACAGGAGCUGGGAGAUGAGAAGCUUAGGGCAAUGUUGGUUGGUUUUUGCAGGGAGGUUUCACCUUUCAAGAUGAUGGAUGACUUCCACGGGAUUGAAGCUUCACGUUCUGCUCAUUUGCUUGAUUACUUGUACCAGACAAUUGUGCCAAAUCAGGUACAUUCUGGGUCAGUAGUAACAGAAGAAACAGCUGCUGCAGAUCAAAUAACGCAAGCAGAUGAUUCAUCAACGGAAUGCAACGACAACGAAAGAUCAAAUCAAGGUCUCCUCACAUCAGUUAAGAGACUUACCUCCAAGCUAGACAAAGAUCAUCUCAAGAGACUUCUGCUAUCGAAACCAGUAAAAUUCGUUCUCAGAUUGCCAUUCACAAUCCUCACCAAUCUCCUCCCUGGUUUUGCCAUCCUUAGACACCCGGUCGAGUAUUUCAUCUUCUCGUCACCACCCCACGACAGCAGACCAGGGCCAAGCAACUCAAACAACAACCUCUAUCGACCUCCACUGCUAGAAGAAAUCAACAUCCCAUCAGUUACAGAGCUCGUAAGCUCCGGGGUCCAUAUUGUCCCAACCGUGAGCAGUAUCUUGAGCAUUAGCUUCGACAACAAGUCAUCGAAGCUGCAUCUGCCGAUAGUUAGCUUAGAUGUUAAUACAGAAGUCGUGUUGAGGAACCUGGUGGCAUACGAGGCAUCGAAUGCAUCAGUGGGCCCACUGGUUUUCACACGAUACACGGAGCUGAUGAAUGGGAUCAUUGACACUGGGGAGGAUGUGAAGCUGCUGAGGGAGCGGGGCGUGGUAUUGAAUCACUUGAAGAGUGAUGAUGAGGCAGCAGAUUUGUGGAAUGGGAUGAGCAAGUCGAUUAGGCUGACCAGAGUGGCUUUUCUAGAUGAUGUGAUUGCAGAAGUGAACUUGUAUUAUAAUGGACGAUGGAAGGUGAGGAUUGGGAGAUUUAUGGGGCAAUAUGUGUUUGCUUCUUGGCAGUCGCUGACACUUUUGGCUGCAGUCUUGAUCUUGGUUUUGAUGGCAUUCCAAGUAUUCUGCUCAGUUUAUAACUGGUAUCGUAUUCUUAGCAUCAGGAGGGCUACUUCGACAAUUCGAAGUUAA